AUGAACCAUCGAGCUCACAGCACUGAGCUCCCGACUCUUGCUCGCAGUGGCUUUCGCUCUUCCUAUAGUCGUUUACAUGGCAAGUUUCGUCAAAUUCCACAAUCUGUACUUAUUGUAAUAGUGUUGGUCGUCCUUGGUCUGCUCGUCGUGACAGCCGAUUUCGUGUUUAUAUGGCAGGCCACAUCAGGUACUGAAGGUCAAGACCAUGUAGCAAUUUUUCAGGAGAAUAAUAGGAAUCCAUUGGGGCAAAAAUUUGAUAGGAUACCGCUGGUUGAUAAUCCGGUUAUUUCUUCCAGGAAUAUGAAGCAUAUGGAGAAGCAGCUCGUGUACACGCUUCACAGGAUAGCGCAAAACACAAGUGAGAAGCGUGGUAUUGUGCUGCCAAUGUUUGACAAAAUUGCAACGUGGGGAGUAUCGCAGAUAAUGCAACUACGAGCGAUGAAUGUAGCGCUGCCAGUUGAAGUACCACAUUGUGGGGAUUGGAACGUAUUAAGGCAACGCGCAGUACUCGAGAAGGAAGAUUUAGGUAUUAUUCGUUUCUAUGAUGUUUGCUUGUUGGCCUUCGAAACCACCAGUUUGCUUGAUUCGUCGCGUAAAGUGUUCUGUUUGAACAUGAAAAGCUGUCAAAAAAAGUAUCGCUCCUUCAACAUCAAGGUGCUGGCUGUGGUCUUCUCGCAGUUUGAGGAGAUUAUGCUCCUUGAUGCCGACACGUUGCUUUUUGAAAGCCCAAUGAUGCUUUGGGAGACGGAAAAGUAUUGCACGACUGGUACGCUAUUCUUCCACGACCGUCUGAGUCAGGAGAACCAAUAUUUGGGUAAACGGAUUGGUAAAAAUGCGCAUGUGAGCAGACUGAACCGAUAUAUUUCGCAGUUUGAUGUGGCAUAUUUUGCACCGCUAAGAAAUAUUGAGCGACCAAAAGCAACAAGCAAGAACAAGAUUCCAGUGAGCUUGAAUAAUUACUCGCCUAGCGAGCACCUACUAACAAGCCACUCGUGGAACCAGCGCGCAGGCCACGAGAUGGACUCGUCGUUGGUGUUGUGGAACAAGAAGCGGCAGCCGCGAGCAACUGCGAUUCUGGCAGCAUUUAUGGCAGGAAACGGUAUCAGAGGACCCCCAUCCUAUGGCGACAAGGAAUUGUUCUUCAUAGCCGCUGAGCUUGCUGAAACGCAAUACGCCUUUUCUGAUUUUGGAGUAGGUAGCUUUGGCUGGGAUUUUCGUGAUAAUGGCCCGGGCAAAUCGGUUCUCUGUGGUUGUGCCAUGCACUACUACCCGGUGAAAUCUAUGAACACUAGUGAUCUUGUCAACACAAGCUUGCUAUAUGUGAACUGUGAAGACCCAUUUGUGGAGGACGGUUUUACUAAAAAACCUAUCUACUACACUCAAGCGCGGUUGUACGAGGUAUAUGCCGGUUCUUUCAAAAAGCAUAAACUUUCACAGGAAUGUCCUUUUGAUAUCACGGGCGUACGUUUAACCUCUGCGCAGGAAGACUUGAUUUUGAUGCGUCAACGCUUUAUUAAGAUUGCUAAGGCCAUAAUGGGAUGA